GGGGCUGGGGGAGGGAUCUUUUACUAGCAAGGGUCCAAGGGCCACCGUCAAACAAGGGAGGCCCUUAUACUGUAUUAGAAUUUUUUUUGUUGAUCAGUUCAUUGGAACAUGGAAGCCAAGCUGUUUCUUUUAUAUGUGUGUGUGUAUUUUUUUUUAAAUAUAUAUAUUUUUUAUAUAUAUAACUGCAAUAAUGAUAGUUCCAAAUGGCAAAGUCUGAGUGCAAGUAAAUUGUUAAAUUUAAAAAAAAUUAAAAAAAUAUUUUUUCAAUUUUAGUCUAAUUUCACUCAUACGUUCUAUAUUUGAAAAAAUAUCAAAUUGAUUGUUCUAAUUAUUGAUAUGUUUCGAUAUGGUCUUAUUGUUCAUUUAUUAACAAAUGAUGUUAGUUUUUCUUUUAAUGGAUGGAAUGCCUCUUAUGCAUAUGGAGGAGAUGUUGGUGAGGAAGAGGUGGAGAUGGAUGAAGCUACCAUAGAGGGAGAGGGUAGGGGUGUAGAAAGGGAGGAUGGUAUUUAAGGCCUCAUGGAUGGAGUUGGAUGAGAGAGAAGCAAGUGAGAAAGGGAGGGGGAAGAGGCCGCGGGCAAUGAAUGAUGGAGGUGGAGAGAAUCCAUGAAGGGGGAGGAUUCAUAGACAGUCUUAGAGGAAGUGGAUGACAAGGAGGAGAAGAGGAUGAGGAGGAAGGAGAGGGGAAAGGAUGGGUUGUUAGUGAGAAAAGACAGAGAUGAAAUGGACCAUUGGAGAGGGGUAGGACUCAGGCUUGAAGGAAAAAGAAGAUGAGGAGAAGUGAGAAGAGCAAGAAAGAGGAGAGAGGCUAUUAAUGAUGAAUAAAUAAAAGUUGAAAAAAUUGUUAUGGAGGGGGAGGGUUCAUGGAUGGUCUUGGAGAAAAUGAAUGACAACGAGGACAAGAGGAUGGGAAUGAGAGAGAGAAUGAUGCAUUGCCAGCAAAAGGGAUUGAGGUGGAGGCCAUCAUGGAGGGGGAUGACUCAUGGAUAGCUUUGAGGAGGAGGAGAAUGAGGAGGAUGGGGAGAAGGAGAUGGAGGGGUCACUAACGAAGAAUGAUUGUAGAUGAAGGAAGCCAUUAUGGAGGGGAAGACCUAGUGGGCGAGCUUGGAGGAAGAUGAGGAUGAAGAGAAAUGUGAGAGGAGAAUAAGGAGGAAAGAAAAGAGGGUCGCCAGUGAGGAAUGGCUGGAGUAGAGGGAGUUGCCAUGGAGGAGGUAUGGAUGAGAAGGAAUGGAAGAAAGGAGAAGGAGGGAGAAAAAGAGAUGCCGAUAAUAGAGUAGGGGAUCAAUCAAAGAGGAGGAAGGAGGUGAAGAUAAGAUAUUUUUAUUAUUUUAGAAAAUAAUAUUAUUAUAUGGUAGUCAUAUGAUAUUAUUUUUAUUAACGAAGAUAGAUGAUUGGAUCAUAUUAGAAUAUAUGAAUUAAUUAAAAAAAUAAAUUUGAUAUUUUUUAAAGUACAGACAGUGUAAAUGAAAUUGAGUUAAAAUUAAUAAUUUUUUUUAUAAUUUUUUUAAAUUUUUAUACUAAACUGUAUAAAAUGCAAAAAACAAAAACUGCAUUCAGGAAUUUUUUUUAGUGGCGCUGUUGCAUACUUGAUCGUAAGAUCGUGAUUUUUUGGAUUGUGGUUGCACAAUUUACAAUCUCUGGACCCCUUAAGGGUUGCAUUUUUCCUGGGUUCUGGAAGUUCAGCAUGUAUAUUAGUGUAAUGUCAAAUGAGUUCCAAUGUCAUUCUUGAAGGAGAUGCCUACACAAUUAGUUGAAACUACUGAGUUCAAGAAGUGCAUCUGUUUUUCUUGAAUCAUGUCUAUUAAAAUGUUAACAUUGCAAAUAAUCAUGAACAAUUGUUGUGAUUAAUUACAGAUUUUUUUAAGCAAACGUGAAACUCUAAUUAUGUAAUAGGACUCCCAAACCAAACCAACCUGACCUGCUGAUCCAACCAAAUCUAAUUCUAUGCUUGAAUUGAUAGAUAUACGCUUAAUGUUUAGGUGGAGAUGCGGUCAGUUUAUUAGUCAGGUUGUUGUGACUUGGCUGCUACGCCACAUAAAAAAGAAAUCUAUCAGAUUAAUAUACAAGUAUUUCCGUUAUAUUCCAAACUAUUCAAGCAUGAAUCCGUUGAUUGUUGUAUUGCACCAUCUUGGGACUAUUAUGCAUUUCCUUGUUUAAAUUGAGAUAAUUAAAAAACGGAUUAGGUUGAUUAUCCAAGAGUAGUUGGAGCAAAGUCAUAGGCUUUUGAUUUCUGUAUUCAUAGGUCAAGUCAAGUUAUAUUUAUUUAUUCUCUUCAGAAUAAUUAUUUAUGAUUAAAUCACUUUCAUGAAGCAAGUUAAAGAGAUCAACUCUAACUACCUUCAAUCUUUAAUUCUAGCUGACGCCAAACGAUCUUGGAACAGCCCAAUCCCCUCGUCUCUCAUCUCUAUGACAACAAGCCCUUAUAUGUAGGAGCUAGGGCCAACUCGUGGAAUACCACUCUUUUUCCAUACGUACAGAAAAAUUUGGAAGCUAUGGCAAACGAGCAAGCGACUUCCACCAAGAUCCACUACAUUUCAAGUUGUGUGGUGCGACCAUCAUCCCACAACAAAGAAGCAGAAACAAAGCUAGCGUGGCGGCAACGGCUAAUCCAUCUCACUCCUUGGGAACUCAGGUUGCUCUCCGUAGAUUACAUCCAGAAGGGCAUUCUCCUUCCCAAACCCCCCACCCCCGUCAUUCCCCGCCUCAUAUCCUCCCUCUCGCUCGUCCUCGAUCACUUCUAUCCCCUCGCCGGCCGUCUCGCCACCAUCAAUCACGACACCACGCCGCCAUCUCUCUCGGUCGCCAUCGAAUGCAACGACGAAGGAGCUCAACUCAUCCAUGCCGCCGCCACGGACAUAACCACGGCCGACAUCUUGACCCCUCGCUUUAUCCCCGGCAUCAUCAAAUCCUUCUUCCCUCUCAAUGGAGCCAUCAACCACGACGGCCACUCCCUCCCACUUCUCGCCGUCCAGGUCACAGAAUUGGUCGAUGGCGUCUUCGUCGGCUGCGCUCUCAACCAUGUGGUCGCCGACGGCACCUCCUUCUGGCACUUCCUCAACUCGUGGUCGGAGAUCUCCCGAACCGGCGUCCCACAGAUCUCUCGGCCGCCCAUCCUCAAUCGCUGGUUCCACGAAUCAUGCUCGCCUCCCAUCCAUCUACCUGUUUAUAAACGCGAAGACUUCAUCAAGAUAUAUCCAUCAUCACAGCUCAGUGAAGCUUUCUUCCGUUUCCCAGCACAAACUAUUGCGAAGCUCAAGCUCAGAGCCAACAUGGAGAUGAGCACGGAUCGCAUAUCUUCACUCCAAGCACUGCUAGCUUUUGUAUGGCGAUCCGUGCUUCGCGCUCAAAAGCUUCCACCUAGCGAGAAAACUACCUAUCGCAUAGCAGUAAACUAUCGACCGAGGUUAGACCCACCAUUACCGGGGGGAUAUUUUGGUAACACUGUUAUGGGGGUUCCAACGACAGCUUCUGCAGGAGAGGUGUUGGACCGGGGUUUGGGAUGGGCGGCAUCGUUAUUGAACCAGAUGGUGGGCUCUCAGAGUAAUAACAUGAUUCGGAAUUGGCUGGAAUCAUGGACACGGAAUCCCAUCUUUCUAUAUUUUAAGGAAACGAGGGUUGGUACUGUAGUCACAGGCAGCUCGCCGAGGUUUGAUGUCUAUGGGAAUGAUUUUGGAUGGGGGAGACCCAUUGCCGUCCGAAGUGGUGGUUCAAACAAGGUGGAUGGAACCAUAUCUGUCUUUCCAGGGAGUGAAGAAGGAAGCAUGGCUUUAGAUGUGUGCCUUUCAUCCCAAGCAAUGAGUGUGUUGCUAGAGGACAAAGAGUUCAUGGAAAAUGUUAUGUAAAUUUUACCAGUCCUUUGACAAGAAAAUUUAGCUAAGAUAUUGUUAUGUUGUUGGCAAAGAACAAGAAUGGUUCAAACUACAAUGUGGUUAGAGUGGAGCUGAUCUGACUAGGAUUGGCCCAGGAAUCCAUCAUUGUUGAGUAAAGUUAACCUAAUACAUGCACAUUACAAUAGU